UUGAAUUUAAUAAAUAAUGAAAUUCAUGGGAAUGUAUUCACGGGGCUUAUCGCUCAGCUAUUUCCAGUGAAAACAAAUGAAACAUUUCAGACGCCUGCCUCAGCAAUCACAGCACCGCCGGUUGUAGAGGAUCAUCAAGCACGGAAGGGACCUGCCGUAAAUUGGACACAAUUUGAGGUUCAACUAGUGGACUUAACAUCAGCGAUGUAUUAUAUUUUGAAGGACGAGAUUCCUCGGCGACAAAUCAUCGAAGGAGAAAAUUUGAAUGCACUGAAACUGUGGAUACAUAUGUUGAAAAAAGUUCAUUUUUGA